AUGGCGGAUCCGCCCUUUGCUUCGUCCACCCCUCCACAGCCUCCACCAGGACACCAGGCUCAGAGCCACAGGCUGUAUGCCAACCGCGCAACCAGUGCUUUGGCCCGACUUGCCCAGCCCUUCUUCUCAGGCUCGCGUCCACCUAGUCCAUCUGAGAGCGGGAGUGGCUUAUCUGAAGAAGGCUUGCAUAGCGUGCGCUUGUCACGGUCGAAAUCCUUGCCCGGUCAGUCGCAGACUGUGACGCAUCGGACAGGCCUUUCGAUCGCCUCGUUGGACAUUUCUCCGCAGAAAACACACGCGAUCAUUGCAGGGAGGGAGAUCUUCAAAACGAUUCGUGUCUCCGCCGACGGAUCUUCGGAAGAGUUUAAUAUUCGCGACGCCAUCAUCAAAUAUGGCUCCAAAAAGCAAGCCCCAGCUGGUCUAUCAUCCAAGGUUAAGGAUCAACUAGAAAUCAAGGAUGUCAAAUGGUCUCAUGGCGAGUUCGAUACUAUCAUUGCAACCGCCGCAGGAAAUGGCCGCGUUGUUGUCUAUGACCUGCAGCGUGCAGGAUUGGAGCUUUCUCGGUUGAAUGGCCACAGUCGCCAGGUACACCGAUUAGCUUUUAAUCCACAUCGCCCGGCAUGGCUUUUAUCGGGCAGUCAAGACAGCACAAUUCGAAUGUGGGAUCUUAGAUCUGCUUCUACGGCAGCCACAAUUUCGAGUAUAUCUCGCUAUAACAGCAACAGCGAUGCGGUGCGUGAUAUUCGAUGGUCGCCAGGGGAUGGCACCAUGUUUGCUACUGCUACAGAUAGCGGCGCUAUUCAGUGCUGGGACUAUCGGCAAACGAAAGCUCCAUUGUUGAAAAUCGCCGCCCAUGAAAAGCCGUGCUACGCCGUCGACUGGCACCCGGAUGGGAAGCAUAUCGUCAGCGCUGGAACAGAUAAACAAGUUAAAGUCUGGGAUUUUUCAUCGUCAGCAGAGCGAAGGCAGAAACCUACAUUUCAAUUUCGAGCCCCCCAGCCCGUUUCAAACGUCAGAUGGCGGCCACCUAGCUGGAAUGCCGACGCUGAGGACGGAGGUGAUUGGCAAUCGACGCAAUUGGUCACAACCUACGAAAAGGACGACCCACGUAUUCAUCUUUGGGACCUUCGUCGGCCACAUAUUCCCUUUCGAGAAAUCGAUCGUUAUGAUACUGCAGCCGCCGAUUUGCUUUGGCGGUCCAAAGAUCUAUUGUGGACUGUUGGUGAGGCAGGCGCGUUGACUCAGACGGAUAUCCGGUUUUCCCCCCAGAUUCUCAACCGUCGGCCAAUGUGUGCAGUGUCCUGGAGCCCAACUGGUGAGGUCCUCGCCAUCACGCAAAAGCGCCCUCGACAGAGAACAUUCGGUGUGGGAAACUCUGAAUUAUUCCCUUCACACAACGACAGUGAGCGAAAUAUUGAAAGAGUUUCUAGUCAAAGCUUCACAGAUGGCAAUCUAGAUGAUUUCUCAUCCUUCAACCCGAAAUCACAAAAGACCCCGGUCGUAAGGCCGUCAAAGUCCUUGGGAAACACGCCUCCAGGCCAGGAUGGGAGACUGACUGUUGCCCCUCUCCAAAAGACAUUGGCUGCCGAAAAUCCCGUGUCCCAUCAACUCGGGGCAAUUGGGCAAAUUGCAGGGAUUGCUCCAGACGCGGCAGUAUUUCGUUUUCUAGCUCAGCGAUAUGCCCCGUUAAUGAAGGACAGCCGAGAAAACUCUUCUUUUGAGGACCCGAUAACAAAUUUUCUUGGUGGUCUGGAUCGUAAUGCAGAACAAGCUAGAAGCGCAGGGCUUCAAACAGUAGCACAGACAUGGAGUAUUGUCAAAUACGCAGUUGUCCAAGAGCUCGAGUUUCGAGCCGAGGAGCAGCGUCAGAAGUCUAAAGAAAUUACAACCCAGAACCGGAGGACAAAAUCUCCGGGAUUUUACGCCGCGCGCGUGGGCGAAGGAUCUAAAUCAGGAAAGAUGAAAUCGCAUCUCUUCAAAGGUGUGAUCGAGACAGAAGGGCAUCGACGCAGAACACCGGAAAUUGAGAGCACAUCAAAUAUGACCACUCCUCUUGCUCAGCCUCUCCCCGAUUCUCCAUCCGCCGCUCUUUUCUCCUCGGCGUCCGAUGCAGUUUCUUUGACCGACGACUUGGUUGAUAUACAACCCUUGCCACCUUCAGUCAUGAGUUCUCACUACAGCUCUAAGAAUCAAACCGACCUCAGAAACAUGCCCCAAAUGCGGCGCCAUGAGUCUGAAUCCAGUGAAUAUGGAAUUGCCUUUUCGAGUAGUUUCAUAUCGGAACAACUCCGAGAUGCCGAGUGGGACGAUUUAGAAGGAGACCAGAGAUCCGCACCUCGUGCAAUAGCUGGCCGCGCUGACUGGCGUCGACAUCCAUCGACUGAUUUGGUAACCAAAGAAGGAUCCGAAGAUGAUUAUGAGCAAAGGGUCGAAAACAGAAAGGCCCUGCUCCGUGAUUAUAAAGUGGCACCAAAAAAGGUUCUCAAUCUCGAAUCACUUGCCAAUGAACCCGUCUCCCAAACACGUCCUGCUCAAUAUAUCCGACAUGAUUCUAACGAGAGCUUCCCAAUGUUUUCGGCUUCUACUGACAGUUCACAUCGCACCAAAUCCAUUGAGAUCCCAUAUUCUCCCCGAACGGGUGGGUUGACGUCUUUUAGACGAGAUAGCACUCAAUGGGAAACCGAAGAAAACCCAAUCAUGGAGGAGAAAGAGCACUCUCCUACUAGCGAAAACAAGGAAACGUCCGAGGACAGUGGUACUCUUGACGAUUCUUCCGCUAAUGCCAAUAAAAUACAUCUUGAGCGUCCAUCAAGUCCCGCUCCCUUGAUGGCGGAAACAAGUCAAAUAAACAAGGAUGCGGAGGAGACUUUUGAUGGCCAAGAAGUCCCUUCUGGAGAAAACGAGCUGGUGACUCUCCCAUUAACUCCAGAAAUGCCUGCAAGUAAGCCAUGGAGUGCUCAGGUGAUACUGAAGGAAGCAAUACAGCACUUUCAUAGCAGCACUCCCGUCGACAUACAAAUGGCAGCUCACCUCCUCCAUAAGACCCAAUUGCUAUUCGACGACGGCGGGAGCAUUCUGCCCUACGAAGAGUGCCAGCAAAUUUUCAAAGUUUAUAAUGAGCAGCUCCUCCGUCAUUCCAUGUACAUCGAGGCUGCUGAGCUGCGAAACUUUUGUGUGUCAUUAUUUCCGGCAGUUUAUGAAUAUGCUCAGAAUGAUACGUUCAUUAACAUUUACUGCUUUACAUGCAAGAAGGCAUACGAAAACCCUGGUGAUGACAACAACAGACGGUGCCAUCGAUGUCAAAGCACGCAGAACUCUUGUCCCAUUUGCCUCAGUCUCGAGCCUCCUCCUGAAUGGAUUGAAUCCGAACCUAUUAGUGAUACCUCCGAUAACGACGAUUCUGAGGUCGAGUCAAGCAUUUCUUUCUCUUUGGACAUGACGGAACCCCUUCCAGAAUUGGAACAUCACAUCUACGUUCCUUCCCAGUCUCGGGGCUCCAGCUUAUGGUCAUGGUGUCAAGGUUGCGGACACGGUGGACAUUUGGUCUGUAUGAAGAAAUGGCUUGGCGAUCUUGAAAUCAGCGAAGGUGGUUGCCCUACACCCGGGUGUGUGCACGAUUGUGGGCCUGGUCCAAGACGUCAAGAAUACCGCGAAUUGACUCAGAGCGCCGCAUUCGGCCGCAAAACCGCCUCGAACAUAGCGAAACGAGAUCCUUGGGUGACUGGCGAGAGUAGAGCUGUUGAGAAAGUGCGAGGCAUGCUGACAUCUGCGCCUUCAUCUGCUGGGAUCGGGACCGGCGGUAGUGGCAGUACUGCUAAUACAUCGUCUGGCGGCGGAACGAUGUCGCCCAAGAAGGUCAGGCUCGUCACCCCAGUUGAGCAAGGCAAGCGGCGUAGUGUUAGCAUUCCAAAUCGAGAUAGGGAAUCAACGUCGGACCCUUUCCCGGACUGA